AUGCUAGCCAAGAGCCUUCGAUUUCGUCGUCUAUGGCGUUUAGGCGAUAAUCUUAGUCAAUGGAACCCACCAGAGGUGCUAAGAAAUUAUUUUCCAGGCGGUUGGCUUCCAGGAUGUGAUAAAGAUGGCCAUCCGAUACGAAUCGAGCCAAUGGGAAAAGUUGACAUGCCCGGAAUUAUAAAAUCGUGCCAAUACAGUGAAUUAAUCAAGUUCCAUGCUGCUAUUUCUGAAAAAGCUGAGAAAGUAUAUACAUUCCUUUACACUUAUUAUCGAUUUGGAAGGUCUAGGCUUGGAUUUUCUGUGGAAGCCGGCGUGCAAGAACAAAAUUAUCCUGCACUUUUUAAUAAUAUUUUCAUUAUCAACCCUCCCAUGUUCUUUUCGCAAAUAUUCAGCAUUGUCAAGCCGUUUCUACAUAGUAGUGCUGAUAAAAUUAUUAUUUUAAAAGACGAUUACAGAGAAGAAUUGCGAAAAUAUAUUCCUGUCGAAAAUAUACCAGCAUGCUACGGUGGUAGCUUGGUAGAUGCUGAUGGCGACGAACACUGCCGUCAAUGGAUAACCUAUGGAAACCAAGUUCCGCAAAACUACUAUAUAAGCGAUGAUAGUGCCAUCAUCAGCGCUAUGAAGAGUAAACAUCCGCCAUUGAAUUUAAUUCUAGAUGAGUUCAAGGAAAGAAUCAAUGAUUUAAUGCUGCAAGAUAAUUACGAUAAUGAAACUUGUAUGAAAUGGCUGAAAUGUUACGAUUUUGAUUUAAUACAAGCUGAAGAAAUGUUUCGCAGGAAUGUAGAAUUUAAGCAAAUUUGGCGUCUAGAUGAUUCAAUUCUUCAUUGGAUACCUCCGCUGGUGUUACAAAAGUACUUUCCUGGAGGAUGGCUACCUGGAGUUGACAGAGAUGGUCAUCCAGUUAGAUUAGAACCACUUGGGAACAUUGAUUUUCGAGGAAUUAUGCAUUCGUGUACAUUUAGCGAUUUAUUACGCUUUCACGUAAAAGUUGCUGAAGAAAACAUUAAUAAAUGUAAAAAGCUAAGUUCAAAGGCGGGGAGAUCUAUUGAAGGAUAUACGCUAAUUGUCGAUCUAAAAGGACUUAAUCGAAGUUUCUUAUGGGGUCCAGGUAUCACCGUAUUUAAUGAGAUGCUUAGUUUGAUAGCCAAUAACUAUCCAUCUAGCCUGAAAGUAAUCUAUCUCAUCAGAAGUCCUCCAAUAUUUCCGGUCAUCUAUAACUUAUGUAAAUCAUUCUUAGGACGAGAUACCGCCAAAGUUAAAUUACUAGGAUCCGAUUACAAAGAAACCUUGCUCAAAGUUAUUAAUCCAAAUACAUUACCAAAAUAUUAUGGUGGAAAUUUAAAAGAUUCAGACAGUGAUGAGAAAUGCUCCGAGUGGAUUUGUUACGGCGGAGAGGUACCACACUCUUACUAUAUUAAUCAAAAUGCCAGUUUACAAGACGAUUUAAAUUGGCAAAAUGUAGUUAUUUCAGCUGGGCUCUCAUUUAAAGCUGAAUAUCCUGUUGAUGUCAAAGGUAGCAUCUUUCGGUGGAAAUUUCGAUGUAAAAAGCACGACAUAGGCUUUGGUGUAUAUUUUAAGAAAAAUCUGAAAAUUAACACCCUGCAAAAUAUGAAAAACCUCAUUCCUGUUGAACGACAUUCUUGCCGAGUUAUACCAGAAAGAGGUAGCUUAUAUUGUGAAGACGUCGGCAUUUAUGCGCUGGUUUUCGACAAUUCUUAUAGCUACUUUAAUUGGAAAGAUGUUAGCUAUCAAAUAGAAAUUAUAGAACCUAGAGUAACUGAAGAUAAUGAUAGUAAACUGACUUCCGAUAGUUAUACUCUCGGCUGA